CACUUUGCUUCAACAUCAAAGCGCACCCUCCGCUCGCGAUGGCGUGGCCUUUGCUUGGAUCAGUGGCCAUUGUGAGCUUAAAUGCUGUAUACGAGAAUCAGAUCUCGACUAUACUCCUUCACUUUGGACUACACCAUCGCAUUUCCUUCACACUUCCAAAACAGCUGUUCUCAAACAGCUCUUCGUGCAGUAUCCUUCCAUAUCUAGGAUCCUACUCUCCUAUAUCUUGGUACUCUACUCGAUAACUUACUUAGUUCUACAAUGCCAGUCGAAGCAGGCGAAGAUUUGAAAACCCUCACGCAGUCAGAACUUGCAACAGCAUACAGACAUUGGCGAGAUGUUACACCUCUGGAGAUGAGAGAGUUCUACGACGCCAUACAAGCUGCCCCUGCGGAUACGUUUAUUCAUCUUCAAGGAAGCGUACAAGCACGAGACGUCGAUGACGACGCCACGGACGAUGGCGAAGAUGAUGCGGUGGAACAAUACUAUAUCGCCAUGCUGGAAAGGCGGGCUAAAAGAGAAAUGCCCUUCGAGAAUUAG